GUUCUCGCAGAAAUGUUGUGUCGGAAAGGUUUGAGUGUUUGAAAAUGGUGGGGUAAAUUUACAGCGAUGAAUUCCUACCCUGUCCUUCUUUUUCUUUCCCUUUUAAUCGUCCAGGGUAGCCAAAAUAUUAGAGGUGUGGAACAGAAAAGACCUGACUAUGAUAGAGUAGAUGUGACGGACGGCCUUGAAUUGCAAAAAGUUUUCGAUCAGUCCAACAGAGGACAGAUACCAACAGAGGCUACUUUAUCGAGUGCCGAGGAAAAAGAUUUGCUCGUAAGUGCUCCGGCUACUGGGCUAGAAGACGUGAGUUCUGACACUCAGGACGAUAAAUCGAAAAGUGAUGUUGUGAAUGAAUCGACGGACGAUUCCAGGAAAAUAUUGAAAGCCGACAAGGAUGAUGUGCAAUCAGGGAAGCUAUCGAAGGACAAGAAGAGGUUAACCCCGAAAAAUGACAGAGGUAGCCAAAACCUGCAUGAUAUCAGGUUGAAUCGAAAUUAUGAAGUGAAGGAGCGAUUAAAUAUUGAUUCGGAUGGAAAUGUAGAUCAAAAUCAAGCGACAAGGGACAGUGUUACCAAAGUCGGCGAAAUUAAAUUGGCUGAACCUGCAAAAGUAGUUCAAGCAGCUCAAUUGAAAUCUUCGAACGCAGGGACACCUUUCGCUAUUCCAGGUUCAAACUCGUCAUCUACGCCGCGACCCUACGUCCUGAAAGUGAAAAACACGCCAGCUAGAGCUGAGUUAGACGACAUUUAUUUUUUAUUUAUAGUUAUUGGGUGCAGUGUGGCUGGCAUUGCAGGACUAGCUCUUGCAGGAUACUGUUGGUACAAGCUCCACACUACUGCAAAAGCUGUAAGUGAAGCAGAAUAUUCAAGUUAUGGUGCAACAAAACAGGGUGUUCAAUUAUCACAGGGGGACCAUAAACUUGAUUACAAUGCUGAAAUAUAUCAUUACCAACAAACAAAGAGUCAGCUGUCAGCCCUAGAGAAGGCUAGUGGUGUGAAAGGUGGCAUCAAAGGGGAAACUCUUGAUGAUGAUGAUAACAGUGAUGAAGGAGAUGAUGAGGAUUAUACUGUCUAUGAAUGUCAUGGGCUGGCUCCGACUGGUGAUAUGACAGUUGUUAACCCCUUGUUCAGUGAUCAAGAGGUGGUUGGAAGUGAUCAAGAUGGAAAUGGUGACAAAAGUGGAGCCAGUGGUCAGGAAUCUCCUGUGGCCCCGCGACAUACAUUCACAGAGUCUUAAAAUUAGUAUUAUAGCUAAUAACAGAUAUUAGUUAACAGAGUUUAAGUUGUUUUAUUUUUUUGACUAGUGGUGGGAAUAUUCUUGUUAUUUACAUCAUUUGUGUUGGGUCUUAAAACUAUGUACCAGGGUGCAACUUCAUGUUUCUUUUUUGAAAACAAUAUUUUCCUUGUGUUUUAAAAAUGACUUGUUUUCAUUUUUAGAUUAACAUAUCUGUUGGAGUGUACUCUUAUCUCUCUAAUAAAACCAUUGUAUUUAUAAAAUAUUCUUCAAAAAGGGAUUGUAAUCUUCCAAAAAAAUUUUUUAUUUUGGAUCAGUUUUGAACAUAAUAGACCUGUGGACUUUUUGAUGUAGUCUAGAGAAACUGUCUUGUGUAGUUUGGAUCUCUCUAGUUUUAAAGUGACGUAAUGUUUCUCAAAAUGUUGGUGCACCCUCAAAUUAAAUUUGGUCAACCCAAGGAAUGGUAAUAGUUGAUGUGAAUAAUAUCACGGAGAAAAGUUUUAUACAAAAACAAAUUAUUCCAAAAAUUUCAAAUUAUAAUUUUUUUUAUCUGGGUCUAUAGUACGAAGUUACUGUUAAUUACCAUAAAUUAUUUCACUUAUUCCAAAUUGUAAAUAAAUAUCACUCUGGUGUUGAAAUGGCAUACCAAGUGAUCAGUGUUGGUGAUUGUAUUAAUGGUUUUACCACUAGAAAUAUUAUGUAUCCACAUGUAGAAUGAUAGCAAUUAUUAUUAUUGGUAAAUUUUAAUCCUUAGUGGAAAAGUUUGUUGUGUUACUCAAGAGAAUGGUUGAUGAAAGCUUUCACUUUCCACAAUAUCAAGGGAGGGGUCUCUAGGCAAGUCUGUAGAGAUGGAGAUUUCAUCAAUUAUAAUUACUUUAAUAUUAAAUGAGACCAAGUGUUGGAAACGUCUUACAGGUAUUGCAGUCUUUGCAACAAGAAGCAUCCGUUAAAGAUUUUGAAUGAUCUAAAAGCUAGUUUUAAAAUUAUGCCUAAAAGUUUUCUUUCAACUGGGUGAGUCAUGGUAGCCCAUGGAAGGAGUAAAGCAGUAAUUUGCAGUUAUAACUUAUUGGUAUUAGUGUUAUUGUUAUUUUGCUUUUGACAACAGUCCCUUGACUUCCACAUAGGGAACCAAUUCAAGGAAAUUAACUCUCUACAGACUUCUGGAUGGAACCCUAUUAUAACAAAGAUUUAAUUUGUAAAUCAGGAAAUUGUGAACUUGGUUACACAGCACUGAUAACAUAACUUUGCCAUUGUUCUUUUCAAGAAAAUAUUUGGAUUGUCUCACAAGGAUACUUUUUGUAGCUACUUUGGUACUUAGUAAAAUGUGUAAUAAUCCAAUUUUAUUGGUGUGCUUUACACAAAUUUUAAGGUAUUUUUGUGGCAUGCAAAUUGUUGUGUAGAAAUUGUGUCGUAGUUGUUUGCAAAAGUAGAAAACACAGUUGAAAUAACAAAUUAGGCAAGUUAAAGGAACAAGAUUUUAAGGGUUUAAUUGGUUUUCAAAUAAGACUUGCACAUUUUGGAAUUCUGAUUCAUCAUACAUUUCUGACUGAUGUAGGUUUUUUGCCACUAAAAUAUUAAUUAGUAGAUUUUUCUCAUCAACUGACUGCAAGAAAUGAUGCGAGGUGUUGUAUAUACAUCACACUUUUGCGAAGAGGACUUGGGAAUAAUGAAGUGAACUGUAACUGCUUCAUUUAUGAGAGCAGAAAUCUGAGUUGUUUCACUGGAUACUGGUAGAUAGAUAUAUUUAAGGAAUCUGAGACAAUCCUUGGCCAAUAAUUUUUGGUCUGGUUGUUAAAAUAUUCUUGAAUGCACCUUUAGUUAAGUUGUCUAUGUAUUGGGCUAUUUUUUACCUUAGUAGAACGAGCUGUGUAUCCAAGCUCCACAAACGUGUGACUUCUAGAGAUCUAGGGAUGUGGCUGGCCAGUAAUACAGUAAAUAAUUCUGUACACACUGAGAUUCCAUAAACUGUUAGCUUCCACGGA